AUGACUGCACUUACUGCCUUUGUCCUCGGGCCGAUAACCUUUUGGCCACCUGCAGACAUUACUUUGUGUUUGAAAGCACUCCUGGCAUCGUGUCCGUCUGAAAGUGAGACAUCGGGAAGCGAAGACGGCUUGAGCAAAAUCAGAGUUGAAUGCUUGCUGGCUUACUAUGAGUUUCACCACCUCCCCGGAUCCGCCGCUUGGAUGAGAGUAAGCAGACUGACACGCAAAGCCCACGGUCUGGGUCUCAAUCAAAUUGAGAACCCCGAUUUGUGCUCAGCAUUUGACGCGGAUACUACAAGCCACGAUACAGUCGAAGAUUGGCGCCUGGUCUGGUGGUGUAUAUAUUGCUUAGACUCGUAUUCCAACAUAUCCUCAGGGUCACCCUUCGUCGUCGAUCCCGAGAGCAUAAACACUGCUCUCCCCAGUCGCCUUGUCAACGGUGAUUUGCCCGUGGCUCCGUCAGAUUCACAACCUCAGAGAAUCUUCCUUGCCGAUGACCUGAACGAUCUUUGGGAAACGGUUCAGCAAAUAGUCAAAGGCCACCAUGCAGUCGAUUUGAACCUCCAUUUAGUGGCAACCACAGUUUUGCGGCGGGCGGGACACCUGCUGAGAAUCAGAUCUGAGAAGGGUCCCGGGAGUGUCCAGGCUCGUCUAGAUGGUCUCAAACGUAGCCUGGCAUUAUUGCGGCUCGCACUUCCCUCACGGUAUUUCCAUCCGUCGCGCCUGGUUAUCAACGGGGAGUCAAAAAAACAGCACCACAUGAGGCUCACCAACCUUUUGCUUAUGCAUAUGGCCUUUCUCAUUGUAGCUCUACCGGGUGAUCGUGCGGAAGAUGGAGCUGGCUGGACCGAUUGUCUUCAAUCCGCAUUUCAUCCUGCACAAGAUAUCGCGUCCGUUGUCGAAAACUGGAAUAACAAUUUCAACUCUCAGACAGAUCCUGCGAUCUGUCUUAUUAUCUACGCGGCGCUUCAGGUUCUGUAUCUUCAUCGCAGAUCUGGCAUUGGCAGCACGCCUUCAUCCCAUACGAUGCAGAGCGAGAAUCUGCUCCACCUCUUUCUGACACAAUUCGGCGGUAUCUGGUCGCUGCCAAGAAAAUUAGCACAACUUUACUGUGUCGCUCGAGAGACCGACGCUGGCCCGUUAUCAUCGGCAGAAAUCGACAUUCUGCUCAAACGCGCCCGGACGCCAUUGCAUCCCAAGUUUGCAAACUCUCAUUUGAUGGUGACAGAGCACCCUUCCUCGACUACUUUCCCAGAUUUGACACUUGACUUUAUAGAUCCCGUGGAAUUGCUGUCUUUUGUCUUGUAA